GACGAGUUUAUUACUUCAAGCCGCAAGGCCUGGUCGCUCGUGCCUGGCUGCGACACGCGGAACUCGAUUCAAUCGCCCACAAAGCGCAGAUCCACAUUUUUACAGCCGCACUCUUCUAGCAUAAGGAUUUCAGUAGCCGUUUCUUUCUCCUUUCUCUGCUUUUCUCUCCCAUGGCGAUUGUGGCGGACAUCGGCGGUAUGGCGGUUCGGAGCAUGCCGGAGCGUUCCAACCUGGCUUCGUCACGGCUUGCCGCUCGGAUCCGGAGUUCUUUUGGAAUGGGAUGGGGCUUGCGAUCCAGGCGGGUUUCGGUGAGAUCGAUGGCUAUAGCGGAAAGGGGCGAAGACGCGCAGUACUCUGGGGUUUCCGUUGACCAUCUCAACCCGCCAGACACAGUGAAUGAGAGGUUGACAGUUACAGCAUCAAAUUCUGAAAGGAAAACAAAGAUAGUUUGUACAAUUGGCCCUUCAUGUAACACACGUGAGAUGAUAUGGAAACUGGCAGAGGCGGGAAUGAAUGUUGCAAGGCUUAAUAUGUCCCAUGGAGAUCAUGAAUCACAUCAGAAGGUCAUUGACUUGGUAAAAGAAUACAACGCUCAGUCCAAGGACAACGUUAUUUCCAUAAUGCUAGAUACUAAGGGCCCUGAGGUAAGAAGUGGGGAUGUGGUUCAGCCUAUCUUGCUCAACGAAGGGCAAGAGUUCAAUUUCACUAUCAAAAGAGGAGUCAGUUCAGGAGAUACUGUCAGUGUAAACUAUGAUGAUUUUGUUAAUGAUGUUGAAGUUGAUGACAUUCUUUUGGUUGAUGGAGGAAUGAUGUCGUUAUCUGUGAUAUCAAAAACUGCUGACACUGUCAAAUGCAAAGUAAUAGACGGCGGAGAACUCAAAUCAAGACGCCACUUAAAUGUGAGGGGCAAGAGUGCUACACUUCCAUCCAUUACUGAAAAGGAUUGGGAAGAUAUUAAGUUUGGCAUGGAGAACCAAGUUGAUUUUUAUGCUGUGUCAUUUGUGAAAGAUGCUAAAGUGCUACAUGAACUUAAAGACUAUCUAAAAAGUCACAACGCUGAUAUACACAUAAUGCCCAAAAUUGAAAGCGCUGAUGCAAUUCCAAAUCUCGAUUCAAUUAUAUCGGCUUCAGAUGGGGCAAUGGUGGCUCGUGGAGACCUUGGUGCGGAACUUCCAAUUGAGGAUGUUCCCUUGCUGCAGGAGGAGAUAAUUAGAAAAUGUAGAAACAUGAGAAAACCAGUAAUUGUAGCAACAAAUAUGUUAGAAAGCAUGAUAAACCAUCCAACCCCGACCCGAGCUGAAGUUUCUGACAUAGCAAUUGCAGUUCGAGAAGGCGCAGAUGCCAUCAUGCUGUCCGGAGAGACUGCACAUGGAAAGUUUCCACUGAAAGCUGUUAAAGUAAUGCACGAUGUGGCAUUGAAAACUGAAUGGUCAAUAUCGAAAACUGUGGGGGAUCCUAUUCCGGCUAAAAUGUUUCAGGCUGUAAAUGAAGAUUCUUCCCCUGGCCACACAAGCGCGAUGUUUGCUUUCCAUGCGACAACAAUAUCUAACACUCUAGGCACUCCCAUUAUAGUUUUCACCCAAACUGGAUCCAUGGCUGUGCUUCUGAGCCACUACCGACCAUCGUCUACCAUAUUUGCAUUCACCAAUAAUGAAAUAGUGAAGCGGAGACUGUCGUUGUAUCACGGAAUUACGCCUAUCCACAUGGAAUUCACUAACGACGCAGAAGAGACAUUCUCAAGGGCGAUCAAAUUCUUGCUGGAUCAUGAUCACUUGAACAAUAAAGAGCAUGUAACCCUGGUUCAGAGUGGAGUUCACUCCAUUUGGAGACAAGAGUCGACGCAUCGAAUUCAGGUUCGCAGUGUCCAGGCCUGAUCUAAUCUGUUGAUCUGAAUGCAAGAGGCAAGUUCUCGUCUAAGGUGACGCAAAAAUGCAACUUUAGGAGGUAAUAGCUAUACCGCGUUUGAGAUCUUUCAGUAUAAGUACGGACGGGAAGACUACGCACCCACUUCUAUUUUAGUUUUUUGUUUUCUAAGAAUAAAACUUGAGUAUCAUUUUGAAAUAUUCCUCUCUACGCUUCCUAUCUAAAUCAGCAAACACUAUUUGAAUUGAUUGUUUCGUAAAAAUAUUGAUAUUUUCUUUCCUGUGUUUA